AUGCUACUUCAACAAUGGAGUUCGCAAUGUGGAAAUCAUUGCACUAAGAAAUACACCAGUCUUACAGAAAUUCCUUGGAGAGUGUUCUGCAAAAAAGGGUGUGACAACGAUGCUGAUACGUGGGAAGAAUGUAUAUCAGAGUGCACCGAUUUAUGCUAUAAGGCUCCUGUAUUAAAGGAUCAGCAAUGGAGUUCUUAUAUUGAUCGUUCUCCUGGAGCUGUCAAACAAUCUGAGGAAUGCUAUAGUGCUUGUCUAGCUGGCUGUGGUUACAAGGUUGAUUUAUUCUAUUGA